AACAUGUCACAAAGGCGAAUUGUUUGUGACUAACAUGACCACCGCGAGAUCUCAUUGGCCCGGGCGUGGCAGAGAAUGCAAAACAUGCAAAUUACAAUCAAUCUUAACUGGGGAGCACUCAGAUGCAACAUUUAAACAACAACGAGAGACGAGCCCUAGACGGGGAACAGUAACGGGCACCUCGAAGAUGCAUACGUGCAAUAUGGACCAAUUUAACCCUAAAAAAGGUGAGGUGCUUGCUUGGUUUGCGAAGGAAAGGACGAGUUGUACAGUGAAUGGAGUUAGAGCGAUAGAGCUGUUUAGUGUAUGACUGCAGUUCGCCAUAGUUGUAGUAGUAGAGUAGUUGUAGAGCUGAAUUCCCUUAUUCAAGAUACGUGACCAUUUACGUGAAUAGGUUGUGUGAUGGACUUUGAAGGACACAAUGAUGCUGAAGGGCCAGUUCCUGGUUUACCAGGCAUGCAGUUUGCCGAAGGUGGCAUGCAUCCAGAGUUUGCAUAUAUGACCCCAGAGGAAGGCAGGCCAGAUGUACCAGGCCAACAAGGACCAAUAGAUGAUGGUAGAGAACAAAGGAAUGGCAAACCAAAGUAUAGAGGAGGCAGGGGUGGAAGGCCCAUGAAAGAUAAUGACUACUCCAUAAGGAUUCUCAUUCCUUGCAAGAUGGUUGGAGCAAUAAUUGGAACAAGUGGAAACAAAAUAAAGAAAAUAACAGAGGCAACGAAUACUUCUAUUGACAUUCACCGUAAAGAAGAUAGAAGGGAAGUUGACAAGUUAGUAACAGUUCGUGGAGGCCCAGAAGAAUGUAGCGUAGCUAAUAUGCAAAUCCAUAAACUCAUGCGUGACGAAACUGAUGAAUCUCUAAGAAGUAAUGAGAUAGAGAUGAGGCUAGUGAUCCAUGACAGUCAUGCUGGAAGAAUAAUUGGGAGAAAAGGCAAUAAUCUUAAAGGCAUCAUGGAAGAAACUGGAGCAACCUCUAUUAAAGUUAGUGAUGGUUAUAUUGAUGCUUGCAGUGGAAACACGGGAGACAGAAUGGCACAUUCAUCCAUGCUCAAUGCUGGUGAUCGCAUAGUAAGCAUUAAGUGUCUAAUUAGAAAAGCAACAGAGGAUCAACCAGAAGUUGAGGAAGAUGAAGCCUUGGAGAACUGUCGAAAAGCUGAAUUACUCAUAAGCAGCAAAGUCCAUGAGUGUUUGAAAAAGGAUAUGGAUGACCUUGUUAGAUCCAAGCAGUUGCAUCAACCUUACUUUCAUCAGCCUCUACAAUGGCAUCAAGGGAUGUAUGGCAACCAAGUGGCUCCUAUGCUUGGAGAGCCCCAUAAUAGUGGAGGUAUGAUGAACAUGGCACAGUAUCCUUACCCCAACACCUGUCCACCAUUCCCACAGCUACAAACACAGCCUCUUAUACGUACACGGCUGGCCAUCCCUCAGAAGUAUGCUGGUGCUUUGAUUGGUACUAAAGGUUCAUUCUGUAACUACAUGAAGAAUUUAAGUUGUGCCACUAGAGUCCAUGUUACUCCUGAUGACAAGUCCGGAGAAAGAUAUGUGGAAAUUGUAGGACACCCCUUUGCACAAUAUUUCGCCCAACACUGUGUUUAUUGCAAACUCGCUGAAGAAGGCUAUAGUAAUUCUGAUGGUGAACUUAAGCUUCGAGCAGAAGUUACUAUUCCAACCAAAGGAACUGCUCGAACGAACAAGGAUCAGCAAACUAAUAUAGUUGGGCGAAUUAUAGGAAAAAGAGGACAAAAUGUUAAAGGACUAGAAAAAGAAACUAGAACAUAUGUGAAAGUAGCAACAGUGGAAGAUCAAGAUGGCGAACCAAAAGAAGCAAUCGUGCAGAUCGUAGGAAGUUUUGCUAGCAGUCAGCACGCGCAAUUUAGAAUCAAUGAAAUCGUAAGCCAGUGUCAACAAGGAACCUCUAGUGGAUCAAAUUCCCCUCAACCAGGAAUGGUUAGUCAUCCACCAGGAGGGAAAAGGCCACCACAAAUGAGCUGAAAUCCAGGCACUCAAAUCAUUGUGAAAACUGACGUCCAGCCACUUCACUAGAGUUCUGCUAUGGGUUUUGCUAGUCUAUAGCUAUUCUUUGUCUUACUAUUCUAAUUUGUCAGUUAUAUGACCUGUAAUCCUUAAUCACGUUUAGCAGGCACCUAAUGGGUGUCUGUAUGCUUACUAUUUGUGGAAUAAUUAUAAUCCAGUUCAGUUUCACAUAUCCGCACCUUUUGGCAAAAAAAAAAAAACCUCUAUGGCUGCAACCAUCUACCUCUUUUUUUUCAUGGAUUAGACACAUUUAAAUCUGGCGGUACUUCUGGUACUGAUCAAUUUAGUUUUGAAACAGAAUUAAUUUCGUAUGGCUGUGAAAACUUACUGAUUUGCUGUGCCGUGACCGUGACGGUCAUGCAUAAAGCAUUUGAUUGGUCGAGCAUUAAUUUCCCGCGCUGUAAGUGGUCCAUUCCGUACCUUGACAGAGUCUUGUCGUGCCUUUCAUAGUCAUACGAAGUCUACCCUAUGGAAUGUCCUAGAGAUAUUCGUAGUAGUUAUGAUUAGAUAUCACUGUAAGUAACCUCUACGGGACGAGCACAACUGAUGCUAUCAUAUUUUUAUUUACAGUGAUGAUUAGGUGACUUACAGUCUUUAAACAAGAGCACAGUCAAUCAAUGAACUGGUUCGGUGUCUAGGCCAAUAGUCUUGUGGUAUUUGUCGUUUUAUGGCAUUGGCUGCAUUGCUUCUGCUGCCUUUUACCUAUGUCUCAUCGUUCUGAGAGUAUAUUUGUUAGGAUAGAAAAGCUUGAGGUGCUGUCAUGCAGUAGUGUUUAUAGUGGUUAUUACGUGAGGGUUGAUGUAUUUUAUUGAUGUCAAGAAAUCGCAGCACUCCUUUCAUGCCAGCCUGCUGCUCAUUGUAUGUCUUGCCUCUCUGAAUUAUCCAUACGUAUAUUUGAGGGAUCGCAUUAUCCAAUGUACGUCAAAUUUUAGCGGAAAAAUUGAUCGCGAUUUAAUUUCUCUUCCGUUUUUGACAAUAAGUAUUUUUAUCAGUAAAGUAGAGAGAAGAUCGUUGGGAUCGGAGCAUGAGAUUAGAGAAAAUAUGGGCCCCCAGGACAUAGAACACAACUGAGUUUAGAAAAGGAAAUAUUGACAAAUUGUAUUACAGGAACGCUCGAGACUAGCCUCAGUCACCUAAGUAUAUUUUUGGAAUGGGUUCAGGUUUUUAGUAGUCACUUGGUUUUUUGUGUGAUUUAGUAUAAUUAUUUAGUUCCGUACACAGUAUUUUUGAUUUGAAAUUUAGAUCCACCUAAUCAGAUAAACUAGAAAAUUCUGAAAAUUAAGAAAUCAUGGGUUCCGGAUGAAGUUCUGCUCGUGUUUCCAUGGUGACGUGAGUUGGACUCGGGUUACCAUGGCUUAGCGAAAGAAAAAUCAAGAUUCAAAUCAAAAUGACUGUAUUUGCAGUGAGUUCAAUUAAUCACUAUAUUAUAACUUUUUAAUCAAAGUUUAAAUCCAAGCUUGAACUAGUUGCACCCUCAAUUAGUUUUUUUGCCAACAGUUGAGCUUGCAACAGUUCAGUCCACAUAUUUAAUUAAUACUUUACGAGACUAUUUUCAUUGUAUGUCAUAUCCCAUGCUUCUUUCCCUUACUUCAGUAACCAAAUCAUGACCCUUGCGGACUUGGUAAAAGCCAACAGUAUUGAAUUAUAUUUUUCUUUUCUAAUAGAUAUAUUAUUAGUUUCAUGCAUGGCUUUUUACAUGUGCACAAGGCACUAUGGUUUGUCUCUUUUUAUUCCAUGAUUACAAGUGGAACAGCAUGUUGACUCUGAAUUUGUCUCAAACCCCUUAUUCAACAACAUUUUAGUUUCUUGUAUCUAUCUACACCAUUAUUCAAUAUUUGUUUUUGUUAUUUUUCGGGUUCACGCCAUCCUCCGCAAAUAUGCGUCUCUUCACUCGUUUGUAAUCCGGCAAUCACCACAAGAUCAUUGCGCAAACAACUUUUAUGUAGUACUUAUACUAGAAAUAGCAUGGUGUGGCUGUAGAGAUCCUUAAAAGUGUUGUACAGUGAGACAUUUGUGGUCGCCUGGUACGCCAUUUGUACAGUGCUACGGAAUGGAUGUUAUAGCCCAUAUUUUUUCUGAUAAUUAAAUUAUUACAUACAAUU